GCAUUUGAUCUUUACCAAACUCGAUGCGUUUAUUUAACAAAAAAUUCAAAUUUGAAUUAAAGCCCGCGCAUUCAUGUCGAAGUGUACAAUAAACUUGGUAAAACAAACUAUUGGGAAUACUAUCGUAUAAUGUGAGGUAAAAAAUUAUUUGUUACAAUUUUCUAACGGGGAAAAUGUGUACAGUAAUUUGAUAUUGUACACUCUUUAUAUGACGUUGUAGUAAUGGAGGAAAGAUGGACGACUUGACGUUUGGCUUGCACAGGCUGGUUCACUUAGAUCUAAAAGGUGCUCCACCACGAGUGUGUUACUUCGAAAAGCUAUUUCCACUUUUGAGAACAUGGGGUGCUACUGGCAUACUCAUAGAAUGGGAAGACACAUUUCCAUACAAUCGGGAGCUUUCUCUUAUAGGAAGCAAUGGUUUGAGCAAUUUCACCAGUGGGUACACAGCUCAGGAGGCUAGACAUAUCUUACAAAUAGCUGGAGAUUGUGGAUUAGCGAUUGUUCCUUUAGUACAAACAUUUGGCCAUAUGGAGUUUAUCUUGAAACAUAAUGAGUGGAAAUCUUUGAGAGAAGUGGAGCACUUUCCAAGCUCAAUUUGUCCAUCUAACACAAGAACCUUGCCUUUGAUUAAGUCCUUAAUCCGGCAGAUAGUUAGCUUUCAUCCAGAUAUCCAAUAUUUGCAUAUAGGUGCUGACGAAGUCUGGCAUCUAGGUCUUUGCUCAGUGUGCACAAAACGUGCUGCCUCUAGUAAAUAUGGGAAGCCAUCUCUGUACUUAGAACAUAUUUUGGCUGUUGCACAAUAUGUGCAAGAAACAUAUCCCUAUUUAAAGACUAUCAUAUGGGAUGAUAUGUUAAGAUCUAUAGAUUUACAGGUUUUGAAUGACCACUAUAUUGGGAAGUAUGUGGAGCCCAUGAUUUGGCAUUAUAAUCCAAGGGAUAAUUUUGCACUACCUCAUGGACUGUGGGAUAAAUACACUGCAAUCUUUCCACGUAUGUGGGCAGCCACAGCAUUUAAAGGUGCUACUGGUUCUUCACAACAUGUCCCAGUUAUAAGGCAUCACAUAAGUAAUCAUGAAAAGUGGUUGGAAGAAUUAAGUGUACAUGUGAAUAAAGUUCAUGAGUUUCGAGGAACAGCCUUCACUGGCUGGUCGAGGUACGACCACUAUGCGACACUAUGCGAAUUAUUGCCUACAGCGAUACCGUCGUUAGCGCUAUGCCUGAAAGUCUGGCUGCAUGGUUAUUCUGAACAAAUUCACAAUCAAGUGGCUAAAAGCUUAGGAUAUAUAGAUCAUCCUUUGCACAUAACUCCGCAGCCAAGACCUGCUCCAAUACCUAGUAAUUUGCUCUUUCCUGGAUGGCAGGUUGCAGUAGGAGUAGAAUGGUUUUUGAAUUUUCGAGCUAAAUAUCAUAAUAUCGUUGCUAGCGAACAGAUAUCUACAUGGAUGAAUCCAUGGCAAGUGGCUAAUAAUUAUACAAAUCCCAUGCAGUUAGAGAACUUAAUUCCUGCUUUCACAGAAUUAUUAUUGGAAUUAUCCUCCUUAGAGGGCUACUUUAGGUUUCAAAUGGAAAGUAUUUUUUUCUCGACGAUGGUGGACGAGUGGAUAGGUACAAAUAUUCAGCCCAUGAAGGGAAAGCUCGUAGAAUUGAAACAGACUGCAGAAAAUCAAAUUAUGUUGAAUAGUCGUAUUUAGGGUUCUAGCAAGUAUUUCUUGAAGUAUCUGCUUUACAUCUCAAUGACCAACUCUUAUACAGGUAAAAAAAAGAAACACAAAACGAUAGGCUGAUGAACAAAGUACGAAGAAUCUAGUGAAUUGUACAAUUUUAUCUUAUAAGUAGACGUAGAAAGGUAAAAAGAAUAGCCUUAAGAAAAGUAAUGAUCGUGUGUAAUACACGGGAUAUAAUUUUAUAAAAGAAUGGACGAUUAUUUUAAUACUUGGCUUAGGAGUGAACGAAUUCGUGACAAAUGUCUUCAUCAUCGAGCUUUGUCAUUUUGCGAGCUGUUCUGUGAUACUUGGCUAUGAAGGGAUUAUUAUAAUAUAUUAGGUUGAGUCAUUGAUAACUGUCACCUUUUUUCUUCAAAUUUAUUUCAGUCCAAGUAAGAAAGUAGUGGUUACGAGCAAUGUAUCGAAGAAUGUACAUUAUUAUUAACUAUUCGCAUUUAUUUGAUGCUCGAUACGAGUCGUAUGUAGUUUUUUCGGCAUAGAAAAUAUCCAUUUGUAGUUGAAGUUGCUUAUGAUUCGACCCAAUAAUCAAGCUCAAUAACCAUACUUGUUGGUUAUUGUGCUCACUAUACUUGCUUCUAAUUAUCAGUGUUUCUUACAUACAUAGUACGUGCAAGUAUUUUUUUACUCUUUGGAAAAUUUCUUCAAAGUUCUUUUGAAGAUGUUAUUGAUCAGCUGUAAAAAAAGAAGAUUGUGCACAGUAGAUAACAUAUUUCAUGGAGUCUUUUUUAUUCGUUUAUUUAUUAACUAAUCUAAUAGUUGUCUUUAAUCUCUACUUAUUGAUGUAACAUGUUAAACAUCUGUAAAACAUAGGAAAAUCUCACAUAUACAUGACGUAUAGAGAGAAAUAGUAAUAAAUGAUAAAUUAAAAUAUA